GCAGGCGGAGCGCGGCGGUUCCGGGCUGGCCCUCGGAGCCGGGGCGCGCGGGGAGCGAUGCAGCCGCCGCCCCGCCAGAUUAAGCCGGCCCAGGAGGUGAAGGUGCGCUUCGUGGAGCAGCUGUCCAGCCUGCAGAGUAAGCAGCAGCGGGAGCUGGAGCUCCUGGAGGACAUCAGGUCCUACAGCAAGCAGCGCUCUGCCAUUGAGAGGGAGUACGGGCAGGCGCUCCAGAGGCUGGCGGGUCAGUUCCUGAAGAGAGAGUGGCUGCGAGGCCGGAGUGAGAGCAGCGACUCCAGGAGCGUUUUCGCUGUCUGGAAGGGAGUGAUCGACGGCACCGUCUGCUCCGGCCAGUCCCGGGUUGCUGCCUCCGAUAACUAUCGCACCGUUAGCGCAGAGGCAGCUAAAACAGCUCGGGUGUCCAAAGAGCACCUGCUCAAAAAGGGCAUUGAGCAGCUGUUGAGUGCGCAGGCGGAACUGCUGGAGACCGUGAAGGAAGUCAGCAAAACCAAGAAGCAUUACGUGCAGCUGCAGCGGACCAACGAGGUGGCCCGGGAGAAGGCUGCAGACGUGGAGGCCAGGCUCCGGAAGAGUGACCAUGGCAUAUUUCACACCAAGGGCAGCUUGCAGAAGCUCAGUGCCAAGUUCUCGGUGCAGCUGGCAGAGAAUUCCCAGCAGCUGCUGUUGGCCCAGAACGAAUACGUCUUGAUGCUGGCGGCUGUCAAGGCCCACCUGGAGCAUUACUACCAGAGAGAGCUGCCCGCAGUCAUCCAGACGCUGGACGGUGACCUUUAUCAGCGCCUCCAAGAUCAGCUCACGCUGAUCAGCAAGACGGAACUGGAGGUCUGCCAAGGUACAUGGGACAUCUUCCAGGGCAUCGCAAAUGCAUCUGCUCUGGUGUGCCGGGAGCAGAAUCUCCUCCUGUUCUUGCAAGAUAAUGCUGCCUUCUCAGCAACGGCCGCCCAGCCGUUCCAGCCAGAAGGAACGGACCAGGUGAUUUCUCUCCUAGAUGGCAGCGGGCUGGAAAAGGAAGCCCGCCGCUGGGCCACUCGGGCAGCCAAAGAUUAUAAGAUUCAGACUGUCAGUGAGCAGAUUCUACAGAGAAUGGAAACCCGAAGGCAGCAAGUCAACGAGGUGGAAAUGUCUGGCAUGGAGAAAAGGAUGGAAGAAGUGAAGGAAAAUAUUCGGAAGGCAGAGAUCAGCAAGGUGAAGGCGGAGGCUCGGCUGGUGCUGCUGCGGCAGGCCGGCUUGGACGUAGACACCUGGCUGGCCAGUGCCAUGGGGCAGGUUCUGGAUGAAAUGGAGCAAGAGCGGCGGCUCAGCGAAGCCCGCCGGUCCGAGAGGGGCUCCACUCCAACGGCAGAGGAAUUUGACCCGGCUGAGUUUGAAGAUUACGAUGACAGCACAGAACUGUUUGAGGACACCAGGCCGAGCCCGGGUGUGACUCGCGCCUACCCUUCAUCCUGCAGAGUGUUCUUCCCAUACCAGGCCUGCCAAUCUGAUGAGCUGACCAUUGUGCAGGGGGAGGAGCUGGAGGUCCUAGAAGACGGUGACGUGGAGGAAUGGGUCAAGGCACGCAACCAGACUGGCCAGGUGGGCUACGUCCCUGAGAAAUACCUCCUCUUUCUGGAUUCCGUGAGCAGGACUUGUGUAGACCCAAAUGGGGACAACCAAGAGGGCUCUUCGGAGAGGGAGAAGGAGCUGACAGACCUCAUGCUGGAGCCCGGAGCCUGGCUGGUCCGGGCCCUCUAUGACUACGAGGGGCAGAGCCCGGAGGAGCUCAGCUUCCCCGAGGGAGCCAUCAUCCGAGUGCUGCCCCGGGAAGAGGGAACCAUCGACGACGGCUUCUGGAGAGGGGACUUCAACGGAAGAGUUGGCGUCUUCCCGUCCUUGGUGGUCCACGAAAUCAUGGGCGCUCCUGGUGGAGCUGAGCAGGAUUUGCCUUCCCCCGCACCCCCAGCCAGCUCCCCUCCAGUCCUUGACCCAUUGAUCGCAUCUCCCACAGAAGCGCUGUUGAGUGGUGGCUGGCAAGCAAGCACGGCUAGUGGGCACAGUUCCCCUGACCCGAACGCACCUCGUAUUCGCCCGGUUCGGGCUCCCCCACCUCCCCCACUGAAGGCCCCAGAACCCGACUCGUCGCCUGGCCGCGAUCGACUCUGCUAA